UAUUAUAUAUGGCUGAAAAAAACAUAGUCUAUGAUCAUUUUGCAGAGGAUCAUAACUACGUCAGUAACAAAAAAAGAAUAAGCUUAUUUGUUGAAAGACAAAGAUCUCAAAUUGACGACGACGAAGAAUCUAUAACUAUAUCACGGUUUUCGCAAUGUGUGUUAAAUAUAUUUGAAUAUCUUCAGGAAACAUUAUCAAUAGCUUUGCCUUUACAAGAAGAAAAUGA